AUGAAAACCGAGGUGAGGAAAGUGCAAGUAGUGUCCGAGACCCGGAAAAUCAGGAAACCCCUCAUGGAAAAGAAAAGGCGAGCUAGAAUCAACGACAGCCUUGAAACUCUGAAACAGAUUUUGCUGAAUUCCAAAACUACGUUGAAAGAUUGUUCGAAAAGUGGCCAGAGAACCGCAAAGUUGGAAAAAGCGGAUAUUCUAGAAAUGACCGUGAGAUACCUCCAACAGUUACACGGAAAAAUUGGGGAAAAUACUCCGAGUGCGAAUAAAAAGGAAACUAUUGCGAUUAGGCCAGCUGACAGUUCCUGUGAAAAUGUUCGUAUGGGAUUCACUUUAUUACCAACGAAACUGCAGAGCGGGGAAGUUGUCUACUUCAUUCCAAAAAAUAUCCCAGUAGUUAGUAGUAGUGUUGGUGAUAAUUGCGAAAAAAAUAGGGAAAACGUUUGGAGGCCUUGGUGA